UGCCUUUUUAAUUUAACAAAAAAAAAAAAGAAAGGACGAUGAAGGUUCUGCGCAGGAAGGCGGUUUUCUUGGUGCUCGGCUACAUCCUGUUGGUGGUGCUUACGAUGCUGCAUUUCACCGACUACAAGGGGGGCAAGGAAUGUAGCCAGGUGAAGUAUGUACCCUACCCGCUGCGCUACGCCGUGGAACAGCAGCCGGCUCCGGCGCCGCACAACGCGUCCGCCAAGCGGCAGCAUGUCUACGUGUUUACAACAUGGCGAUCCGGCUCGUCCUUCGUGGGCGAGCUCUUCAACCAGAACCCCGACGUCUUCUUCCUCUACGAGCCCAUGUGGCACAUCUGGCAGAAGCUGUACCCGGGGGACGCGCUCACGCUGCAGGGGGCUGCCCGGGACAUGUUGGGCCACCUCUACCGCUGCGACCUGUCCAUCUACCAGCUGUACAACGGGGGCAACAACGUGACCAGCAUGGGCAUCUUCGGGGCGCCCCGCAACAAGGUGGUCUGCUCCUAUCCUCUCUGCCAAGCCUACAGGAAGGAGAAGGUGGGUCUCAUCGACGAGCACGUCUGCAAGAACGAGUGCCCACCGCAACAUCUAGACUCGCUGGCGAGCGAGUGCCUCAAGUAUAGCACCAUUGUCAUCAAGGGAGUCCGCAUCUUCGACCUCAGCGUGCUGGCGCCUCUGAUGAGGGACCCUUCCAUUGACCUGAAGGUGAUUCACCUGGUGCGGGACCCCAGGGCGGUGGCCAGCUCCCGCAUCAAGUCCAGGAACGGGCUGAUCCGGGAGAGCCUGCAGGUGAUGAGGAGUAAGGAUCCCAAAGGGCGGCGUCUCAAGGUGUAUGAUGGCUACCAGCGGAGCCGGCGGGACGCGGUGGACUACCAUGCACUGAACGCGCUGGAGGUGAUCUGUAGCAGCAUGGUGCGGACGGUACAAAUGGCCAGGGAGCCACCGGGCUGGCUUAAGGACAACUACCGGGUAGUGCGCUACGAAGACCUGGUGGAGGAGCCCAUCAGGUACCUGAAGGACAUGUAUUACUUCGUCAACCUGUCCCUCAGUCAGGACCUGGAGAGGUUCGUCCUCAACAUGACCAUGGGCUCUAGUUACUCCAACAAGAAGCCCUUCAGCGUCUCGUCGCGGAACGCCACGCAGGCGGCCAACGCCUGGCGGACCCAGCUCACCUACUCGCAGAUCAAGCAAGUUGAGGACUACUGCCAGCAGGCCAUGGACUGGCUGGGCUACGAGAAGGUCCAAACACCCGAGGAAGUCAAGGACUUCAGCAAGUCAUUUGUGACCAAACUCCGGGUCUGAACUGAAGGGACAGACUUGGUGCAGUAAAUCACCCCUGUCCUGUCCACACCCAAGAGUGGAGGAGGGCAGGUAAACCCCAAACUGUUUACUUUCCAGAUAUCCUCGGAUCCAGAUGUCAGACUGGGGUGUUGGCAGGGGCAUGACAUUUGAGGUUGGAGGUUUUGCAGGGAACCUUUUCUCUCUCUCUCUCUGACACAGGGGUAGACAAAAUCCCCUCUUAAACACUCAAAAAUAACUUACCUAGUCACACAACCAGUCUCCCCCUCACACACACACACACACACACACACACACACACACAGAUGCUCAGUCACGAUACCUUUGCAUCAAUGCACACCUCCACAUAAACCAACAUAAAAACUCAUCCAGGUGCACCUUCACAUUCACACAUAUCCAUCAUCUACUCCAACAUAUACAUCCAUGCAAACAUACUCAAGGAUGCACCAUACAGACACAGCCAAACAUAUGUAUCCUUCCACCCACAAAACAUUAAUCCAUCAGCAUGUGCAUUCCUCACAUGCACCCGUAUAACUAAUUCAAUUUGCUAUUAACAAUGAAAAGUGAUGCAAAUUACUUGACAAUUUUAAGGGAGCUUUUCAUCAGCAGGUGUUGACAAAAGUGCAACAAAUUCAAUUGUUCACCGGAAAUAUUUGAUCUUUGGGUUUAAAAUUGUUAUAUAUGUUGCUCUACGAAUACAUAUAUAUGUAUAUAUAUAUAGUUCUUUUUGUUGUCUGGUUAAAUGAAUAAAUUGAUAAUUUAUCAUUUUUUAAAGAAAGUAUUCUAUUAUAUUAAUGGCAUGUGAUAUAGAAUUGUGAGUACAGUGCUUUACUGCCAAAGUGCAACUGAUCAGGAUCUUUUCUGUUCAUGUUUUUUGCUCGAUUGUUCCUCCCUGAAAAAGUCAAUUUAUGUUCCCUCCCUCCAGGCUGCAGAAAACAAGCAAAGGAGCCUGUUGCAAAAUAAACCUUUUCGACCCUUAUUUUUAUUAUUAUUGUUGUGUCAUCACAGGAAUUCAACCCCCAGAACACAAGAAAAUACAAAAAAAUGGCAUUUGGUUUGUUGUCAAUUAAAACCUGCUAUGUUAAUAAUUGAAA